AUGAUGAAAUCGAGGACCCCAGCCACACAAGCAUUGAACAAGCUUACCAAGUCCCAAGAUUCGCAAUCUUCACUUGGUACCGAGAGCCAACGAGCCAUGAAAAGAAUGAGUAUGAAACGAUCGAUGUCCUCAAUGAUGGAUAUGACCUCACUUUUAGAGGCGUCUGAGGAGAUUGAAGGCUUCCAUUCCUUCCCAAUCAUCGAGUGGCCUACCUUGGACAACAAUCAGGAUGCUAGUGAUCUUUGCGCUCCACAGAUCAAGAGACGCUGUAGCGGAUUACCUCGUUGCAUGAAGGCUUCCCUAAAACUGUCGUCUUUCACAUCGACUCGCGGUGGAUCGUGUGGGUCGAUGUACUAA